GCUGGGGAAGCGGUGAACACUCUUCUCAGCGGCUCGCCUCCCCGCAGUGCUAUUUUUUGCCAUCCGCCCUCACCCCCAGCACACGCGCUCGCACACACACACACACACGCACGCACGCACGCACACACACAGACCUCUCUGGAUUUCUUUGCCUGGAGUCUCCCGGGGCUGCGAAGAGCCAGGCGCAUCUCGAGCCAACCCGGCAGCACCAAAUACCGGAGCUAUGCCUUGCACAGACCCUCAGCCUUACCGCGCUCUUGAGGAAUGAAAGGAACCCAGGGACUCUCAGAAGGCAGCAGUGAUGUGGACCAACCCCCUGGAAUCGGCACCCUUCCCAGGGCCAUAGGAGACCCAGGGAACUGGAGAGAGCUCCAGACAGGAAACCCCAGCUCUCCCAAAGUCCCCGUGGAUGCUGACAAAAGGAGACCUGAAUUGUUGGCAGAGCCUGCCCUAGGUUACUCAGCUGCAGAGUGAUUUUUUUCCCCUCUCCUCCACCCUGUGGCAUCAACCCUCCUCCUCCAACUCCCAGCUGUCCAGGGUACCAUGAAGAAUUAUGAGGAUGUGUGACAGAGGUAUCCAGAUGUUGAUCACUACUGUGGGAGCUUUUGCAGCUUUUAGUUUAAUGACCAUUGCGGUGGGCACGGACUACUGGUUAUAUUCCAGAGGUGUGUGCAGGACUAAAUCUACAAGUGACAAUGAAACCAGCAGGAAGAAUGAAGAAGUAAUGACCCAUUCUGGGCUGUGGCGGACCUGCUGCCUAGAAGGGGCUUUCCGAGGAGUGUGCAAGAAGAUUGAUCACUUCCCUGAAGAUGCUGAUUAUGAACAGGACACAGCAGAGUAUUUACUGAGGGCUGUGCGGGCCUCCAGUGUCUUCCCCAUCCUCAGCGUCACGCUGUUGUUCUUCGGUGGCCUCUGCGUGGCAGCCAGCGAGUUCCACCGCAGCAGACACAACGUCAUUCUCAGCGCCGGCAUCUUUUUUGUCUCUGCAGGGUUAAGCAACAUCAUCGGCAUCAUAGUUUAUAUAUCAGCAAAUGCUGGAGACCCCGGGCAGCGUGAUUCCAAAAAAAGUUACUCCUAUGGCUGGUCCUUUUAUUUUGGAGCGUUCUCUUUCAUCAUCGCGGAGAUUGUCGGCGUGGUGGCUGUGCACAUCUAUAUCGAGAAACAUCAGCAGUUACGUGCCAAAUCCCAUUCGGAGCUCCUGAAGAAAUCUACUUUUACCCGCCUUCCACCCUAUAGGUAUAGAUUCCGAAGGCGGUCCAGUUCCCGCUCCACAGAACCUAGGUCCCGAGACCUGUCCCCCAUCAGCAAAGGCUUCCAUACCAUCCCUUCCACCGACAUCUCAAUGUUCACCCUCUCCCGGGAUCCCUCCAAGAUCACCAUGGGGACCCUCCUCAACUCUGACAGGGACCACACUUUUCUACAGUUCCACAACUCCACUCCCAAAGAGUACAAGGAGUCGCUGCAUAAUAAUCCAGCCAACAGGCGCACCACACCGGUCUGAACUGACUUCUGAGCUCUGCCCUGUGCCCAGCACAACCUUGGGGGAAAUGUACAGAGAUGUCUCUAAGGUUGCAUGGCAUGGUCCUAGUGAUGGUAUUACUUUUUUUAAAGAAUAAAACCAAAUGGAUUCAACCCUUGCCCACUGUGCGUCCCCUACUCUCGAAGCCCCAGCCCUUCCAUUGCUAACUUUUCCAGCCAAGCCCAUGAUGUCAUUUCUCUCUCGGUGUAUUUCUGCCAUGUUUUCUUUUCUUCCUUCAUGACUGGGAGUAGGGGGGGAGUCUCUCAUGCUGCUUCCUUCCUUGGAAGAGGACUUUACUAAAAGUCAUGGGUGGCGUCCAGGGGGAAUUCCUGAGUCCCCAUCAGAGAAGUCAUGGUUGUCCCAUUAUUCACCCACAUAAAUCCUCAGGAAAGCAACCACCCAGGUCACCCUGAGGGAGGCAUUCAUCUUUACAUGUUAGAAAAACAUGACCAGAUGUCAGAACCCUAAAGCAGCUGAUGUAAUAAGCACUCAUGUUAUUAAAGGUUUUGCCUUGUUGUAA